UCCUUUUGACAUCUAGAUGAGAGUUUUAGCACAAACACACAAAAGUUUCAUUUCAUUCGCAUUCAAAGAAAAAAAUAAUUAUUUGGCGCAUUCGUAAUGUGGUUUAAAAAGGGAAAUGAAAACAACUGAAGUACGAUAUUCACUUCUAAAGCAGCAGCAGCAACAACAACAAGAGCAGAAUCAGCAACAGAACCAACUAAAUCACGACAACUACCUGCAACAUCCUUUUUUAUACGCAGAAAGCAACUCAGCAAAUAGUCCUUCAUCAUAUCACUUUGUUCCUCUGGUCUGGUGUACUCUUGGAGUCGUAACAAUUGCCGGAAUUGCCGUAAUAUCGUGUUGGCUAAAAAAAUGCAAGACAACAACACCAGUUACCACCUUUUCUACCAACAACAACAACAACAUCCAUCUCACGAACACGAACAACAACAUCGACAACGUCACCAAAAAGCACCUGCACCAUCCUCCUCAACUGCUUCUUCUUACACGACAAGCACCAAUUAUUACAGCAACUACAACAAAAACACCUACAACGAGAGCACCACAUUCUAUCAGAGCACGAGUCCGGGCUUCUUUGCACAGGACUUUGUCCGCUCUGGCAACACUAACAGCGGUCCGGCACCAGCGCAAGACACGAACGGCGUGAAUCCCGUCACCGUUCUCGUACACAAAACAAUCAAUUCCGUGCUGCAAAACAGCCGCAAGAUAAUUUUUCGCGUCUGCGAGGCCACAAAUGUGAAGCGAAAGUUCAAAAUGUUCAACAUGUAUUCGGCCAUGAGCCGUCGCAAUCAGGAGGCGGAAAAGGCAGAGCAGGAAUACACCGGGCACGAUCGGUUCUAUCAGGAAAGAUCAUCGCGAUCAAGUUUCCGUAAGAAGCGGAGGAAACAGUUGAGACGUGCCCGAUCUGUUGCCGAGUCGGAGGACUUUGAGAUACCCAGUCCGACUAAAGUUGGCUCUUCACUGCAACAUUCGGCAUCUGCCAAAAGACUUUUGUUUAGAGGGCGUUCAAUAAGUUCCGAGCAUGCCGACCAUUCGGACCCGGAACGCGAACACAGUGAACGCUCGCCGCUCGUGAGUGCCAAACUCGAUUCCCUGGCAAAAUUUAUCUUCAGUCGAUCAUUGGCGCAGCAACAACAGGCUGCUGGUACAAGUGCUGGAACACCAUCAUCCAAAGAAAGUUCACCAACAAGAAGCAGCAUAAAGUAUCAAUACACCGCUCUUGACAGCGGUGGAGCAUCGGCUGAUCGCAAUCCACGUGAGAGAGCGGCACGCGAAAGAGGGGAAUCGGCAUGUCGAGAAUGGUUGCUCAACACAGGAGGCAGAUACGAAAUUAUCACGCAUUUAGAUAACAUCGGAUCGCGUCAUAACAAAAAUUGGUUUCUGUUGAAUGAUAGCACCACCCGCACUGAUCGAUUGAUGACUUUACUAACGAUACCUCCUGACUCUAUUGCCUUAGAAGAAUUACCAUCCUCAGAAUGUCCCAAAGGUGCAUUAAUGGAGCUGCUUGGCUCCUUACAACAUCCGUACAUUUACCCAAUAUUAGAUGUAGGAUUUUUACACACUGACACCCAUCACUAUGCCUGUCUCGUGAUGCCGUUCAAUCCGCGUGGGAGUCUCAAGGAUCUCAUUUACAAGUCACUGUGGAGCGAGCCGUACAACAGAAAGUACACGAAAAAACCUGGUUGUUUGCCACUUGGACAAGUACAACGACUGGGUCGACAGAUAUUGGAAGCACUGCUAUUUCUACGUGAUCGUGGCAUUUCAACACACGGACAUUUGCAUAGCGGAAAUGUAAUCAUUCAAAAUGGAGUGGCAAGGCUCACGGGCAUCGAAAAUAACCUACUUGGAUUAUCGUCGCGUGUGAAUGCGAUUUUGUGGUCAGCAAAUUGCGCAGCGGAGCUCGAGAACAUUGACAUUAUCUGUUUCGGGAAUUUGUUGUACGAGAUGUGCACGGGAGCCGAGCUAAAGGGACGUCCGUCGGAAGGGCAUUUGCAUUUGGAUUUGGAGCGAUAUCCACAGGUAGCUGAAAUCAUGUCCAUGAUCUUCUACAAUGUCGAUGGACGAUAUCCGAAACCGGAAGAUAUUGUCAGGUGUGAUAUUUUUAGGAAUAUAGAUUUGCGGGAGAUGAGAGGCACGUGUAUUCCUUCAUUUAAAUAUGGAUUAAGUGCUUCAACGAUGAGUCUCUUGAACGCAGUUCGCAAGAGACAAGGAGUCCCGUUGGGAGGUUCUUACAGCGAAGGCAGUUCGCCAUGCACGCCACCGUCAACCCCACGGAAAUUAGGCAACGUCCAUGGCGAGGCUUGCAGCGAUUCCGAGCAUGUGCUCGACGAGAUAGUUGUCACAUCGACAUCCCUCGAUAAUUUUAGGCAAUACGACCCGUUACACUCCCCCAUUCAUAUAUGUGAUAAAAAUUAUGGAAAUGUUCAAUCAGAUGAUAAUAGUAGUACAAUAAUACGUGUUAAUAGCAUGGAAGCAGAGGAGCUGGUCUCUUGUGCUGCCGGCGGCAUUCACGGGCCAAAUGUUCAGUGCACGCAAACGCUGGCGCCAUGCACGGCAUACAAAAACUCCAAGAGUCGUCGCAUGGAAUACUCGAUGCGUGGCUUGAAGCUCGGCGUGAGCAAUCCGUCGCAGGAUUCCGCCUUCGGAUCGAUGACAGAUGGCGAAUUGUCGCGUGCCUCCAGCUUCAAACUCAGCAGUUUUCAAUCGGUUUCGUCGCCAAUUGACGAAGGUGUCGAAGACAUUGCCGAUCACCUGGAUCCGAGUCGGUGUUUCAAGUACAUUGACUCGUGCAGCAGUUCGCCGUGUCGUGGCGACAAGUCACCUUCGGUUUAUAGUUGUUCAUCACGCGAUCCGUCGCCCGUUUCGCCAGUUGGAGCAAGCGGCGGCGCUGGCAGUCAAGGCACGAUUUUACACAAUAAAUCGUCGACAACGCUACUGGAGCCGCCAAAACUCGUCAUCAAUGAUUCCUCUUCCAACCAAGCCACCAUCUACACUUCAUCGCCGAUCCGCAAAUGUGCCACAACGGAAGUUUUCUCGCAAAAAUACCGCGUUUCUUCGUUCGAAGACAUGUCGAUGCGUUACCAGAACAAAUUAGGUCCGAAUUCGAGCAAAAGUAAGGUCUUUCGGUCGUUCGACGAACAACAGCGAAAGACAAAAAUCACUUCAUCACCGUCCUCCUCGCAACUCAGUACCAAAUCAGCACAACAACAACAACAACAACCAAAACAACCAUUAAACAGGGUAAUUAAAAGCAACAGUAGUAGUAAUAAUUAUAGCACAUCAUCCGUAACUAGUUCCCCAUCGAUUUCUGUCUUGUCACGUUUCAUCAGUGGCAAGGAGAAAAAUAUCCUCUGGAAAAACAGCAUCUUAUCACGCAAGAACAACCUCAUCAAGAGCACCGAGUCCUUCUUCGAAAGCUCCUUCGACCAUCAUCAUCCGGAAUCCGAGCAUCUCCUAAACACCAGUCGCGAAGACUCUGGCGACGAAACCUUUUCGCCGCAACGCCAACAUCCAACAUCGCAUCGUCAUCAACCCGCAACACCAAUAACAUCGACAACGACACGCGCUAGUCCCACACAAGACAAAAGACAAUCAUCAUUAACUCCAGACCUCCUAGUCACGUCCUCCGCACCACGUAAAUCCCGUUCCGAGUCGCGGCAUCUCUUCUGUCUCGCCAAAUUGAAGCAAAAUCCCAUUCUCGAUAGUGUUGCGCUCGACUACUAUGUGUCGGAAGAGGAGCGCAACACACCAUCCAACAGCAUCGAUGACGGCCGAGACUACUCCGAGCACGAUAACUCGUCAAUCACAGACGACAGCGGCAACAAUUCCGAAAGACGUGGCAGUCUCUCGCAAACUGACAUUCGGAAAUUCAUCGAAGCCGAGCCCGGAGACAUUGAGGAAGAGAGCACGCCAUUGCUGGAUGGCAUGGAAAUGUCACCCAUCAUUUCGCCAACUAGUUCUGAAGAUUAAACCUUUUUUUGCACUUAUAUUUAGAUCAUCGUCGCUCGCUAAACUGGAGUUAAUAGUAGAUAACAAGGAAAUAUAAAAUUAAAUAAUAAUCGUUAAAAAAUAAUAAAAAUAGAAGAAUAACAAGAAAAAAAACAUUCAGAUGUCAAUCAUAACUUUAGACCAUUUUGACUUGUUUUUAGAAAAUAAUCGAUAACAAUUAAGCUCCAAUAAAGAAAAUUCCAAAUUAAAUAAAAAAUUAGAAAUAGAAAAAAUCCAAUGUUCAAAAAAAAUCAUUAGCUUCAAAUUCUUUACAAAAAAAAAAAAUAGUCUUAGGAUACCCACCACAUUCCAUCAAAAAUAUUGUAAAGCUUAAAAUAAUAUGAAAAUUUAUUGAAGUUGAUUAGUUUUAAAAUACGGAUAGAAAUUUAAAAAGGUCCAAAAAGAGAAAAAAAAAACAAAUAUUUCAUCAGUCACCGUCCUCAUUUCAAUUUUUCCAUUAAAUAAUUGUGAAAACUGCUUGAAAUAAUUGUGGUGCUGCCAUUUCAGCUUUCAAAAAAUUUUUAUAAAAAUUUAAACUAAAAAAAAACUUUAAGAG